AUGGCGGCACGGCUGCGGCUUUCCCCGCAUUACGGCGCCCUGUCCAGGCUAGCAGCCGGUGAGGGCGAUCCGUCAAAGCUGAGUCUAGACGUGGAUGCCAAGGCUUGGCAGGGGUUGCAUCAGUUGUGUGAGGCAAGCCAGGUAGACAGUGGCAAAUGUGCAGCAGCGGAGUGCGAAGAGAUCGCGGCCAUUUGUCGGCACCUGGACCUGAAGAUCGAGGUGCUUCCCGCGCCUCCUGGCAGCGCUGCUUCGAAACGGGUCACAGCCACUCGUGCAGCCGACCCAUUCGAGGAGGCAGAUGCGGAGGUGAAGGUGGAGCCGCGCCCGGCAGCCGUCAGCGGAAAGGUUCGCCUGGAGGAGCGCUUCGGACGGAAGCCGCCAAAGCCAGCGGUAGAGGCCGAGACGCUUUUAGAGAAGAGCCAGCUGCCAAAGCUGACCGACUUCUAUCGGGCGCUGGUGGAUGCCUAUCCAGGCUUCCACGUGCCUCUGGCGAAGCUUCUGACGCAGAACCUUCGAGCUGCGGGGGUCUCCGGGCUCUCUUCGUCCUCCAGCGAUUCAGACUCUGAGGAGCUGCGACUGUUGAUGUUAUGGGAGUCUGAAUUGCUGGCAAUGGCACUAUAUAUGCCGCAUCAGGAGAAGAAGAAGAAGAAAAAGAAGAAGAAAAAGCUGAAGAAGGAGGCCAAGAAGGCUGAAAAGCGCAAGAAGGAGACGGAGGAGGCUGAGGACACGAACACCAAGGAGGCUGUCGGCGGCGAGGGGCAUGGCAAAGCCAAGAAAGCAAAAGGCCCUGUCAAGGUCGUCGAUGUGAAGAGCUGCACAGCGGAGGAGGUGGAUGACGAGUUGCAGAAAGAGCUGGAGUUCGAGAAGAGUAGGCCGGUUGGACUGCAACAUGCCCGCUUUUGA